AUGAACAAAACCCUCUCUUCCCAAAAACCCAAACCCUUGGCGGCUGCGAGACCCGUUGUUCUCCCUCUCUCUAUUUCUUUCUUUUUUUCUCUUUCUUUCUUUCUCUCUCUCUCCCCUUUAGGGUUUUCUUCGAUUUUGGGGCUAAAACCCUCGAUUUCGAUUCGCGCCGUUCGGGUUCAGAUUCGGAUUUUGGGAGCGCCUUACUUCUUCUAUCUUUGUUGUUCUGCAUCCGAAGAACCGAGGGAAGAUCUCAGUGGUUUUUUAUUUUGGAAGCAUGGCCACCGUUGCUAAUCCCGCGGAUCAAGCAACUGAUUUGCUGCAGAAGUUAUCGUUAGAUACCCAGCCAAAGGCCUUGGAAAUCCCAGAGCCUACCAAGAAGGCCACUGGCAAUCAAUAUGGACCAGUUGAUUCGGGGAAUGCUGCAAACGGCCAGAUCCCUUCAUAUGAUCGGUCUGUAACUCCCGUGUUACAAGAUUUCAUGGAUCCCACCUUGUGUUACCUUCCGAAUGGUUACCCGUCCACUGCCUACUACUAUGGCGGUUAUGAUGGGACUGGUAAUGAGUGGGAUGACUAUUCCAGAUAUGUGAAUACUGAAGGAGUUGAUAUGACUUCUGUAAGUUCCUCCUAUCAUUCUUCUGGUGUUUAUGGGGACAACGGUUCUCUAUUGUAUCAUCAUGGAUAUGGAUAUGCGCCAUACAGUCCCUAUUCACCAGCAGGCUCCCCAGUUCCAACCAUGGGAAAUGAUGGCCAAUUGUAUGGACCUCAACACUAUCAGUAUCCUCCCUAUUUUCAGCCAUUGACUCCAACCAGUGGACCAUUUACACCUACUGCUACCGUCCCUGCUCAAGGUGAUGUUCCCACCUCUGUAGCUGCCGAUCAGAAACCUCUUCCUGUGGAAGCAGCGAAUGGAAAUUCUAACAGUGCUGCUAAUGGUGGAAGCACUAAAGGUAACAAAGGUCGUGGACCUACUUCAGGUUAUCAGGAUCCAAGAUUUGGCUUUGAUGGAGUUCGUUCCCCUAUUCCCUGGCUUGAUGCCCCACUAUUUUCAGAUGGGCAGGCAAGACCUGUUAGCAGCACGACAGUGACUUCCUCAGUAUCCGGUGGAAAUAAUCAUAAUGCUUCGAGGAACCAGACUUUCCGCCCCAAUUCACAGUUCAUGGGUUUGCACCAUCCAAGACCAAUGCCCGCCAUUGGAGCCACCCAUGGUUUUAUUAACAGGAUGUAUCCAAAUCCAAACAAAUUGUAUGGUCAGUAUGGAAACACUGUUAGAUCGGGAAUGGGCUACGGAACACAUGGGUAUGAUUCUCGCACCAAUGGACGGUCCUGGUUAGCUGUUGAUGGUAAAUACAAAACUAGAGGACGAAGUGGUGGUUACUUUGGUUAUGGCAGCGAGAACAUGGAUGGUUUGAAUGAACUGAACAGAGGCCCUAGGGCCAAGGGCAACAAGAACCAAAAGGGUUUCACUCCAACAAUUUUGGCAGUCAAGGGGCAGAAUCUGCCAACAAAUCUAAGCACAGAUGAGGAAAAAGAUAAAACAAGUGGUGUUCCAGACCGUGAGCAAUACAACAAAGCUGAUUUUCCAGAGGAAUAUGCUGAUGCCAAGUUUUUCAUCAUCAAGUCUUACAGUGAGGAUGAUAUCCAUAAGAGCAUUAAGUAUAAUGUUUGGGCCAGUACACAAAAUGGCAACAAGAAGCUUGAUGCUGCUUACCAAGAGGCCCAGCAGAAACAUCCAGGCUGCCCUGUGUUCCUUUUUUUCUCGGUUAAUACCAGUGGGCAAUUCGUUGGGCUUGCAGAGAUGGUUGGUCCUGUUGAUUUUAACAAGAGUGUAGAGUAUUGGCAGCAAGACAAGUGGAAUGGUUGUUUCCCUCUGAAAUGGCAUAUUGUUAAGGAUGUUCCUAAUAAUUUGUUAAGGCACAUAACCUUGGAUAACAAUGAGAACAAACCUGUCACCAACAGUAGGGAUACUCAAGAGGUAAUGUUGGAGCCCGGGCUGAAAUUGAUCAAAAUUUUCAAGGAAUACGCAAGCAAGACGUGCAUUCUGGAUGAUUUUGGUUUCUACGAGGCCCGUCAGAAGACGAUUUUGGAGAAGAAAGCGAAACAACAAUUCCCAAAGCAGGUGUGGGAAGGGAAGCCUACUGAGGAGAAGGUUGAGGUGAAUGGAGAAGUUAAAGCACAAAAAUCUGAUGUUCCCUCGGAAUUACUGAAGGAGUCUAGUGUUGCGGAGAAGGACAACAAUGGCCACAAACCUUCUGAGAAUGGAUCUGUUGUUAAAGCUGGUGAUGCAGCAAAGGGUGCUAAGCCUGUUGUAGCUGAGAACAAGAUUGUAGCCAAUGGGGUUGCUAAUGGUUGCUAAGCUCUACUGUAUUUGACGGUGGCGGUCCAACCCUGAAUUCAAUGGCCUAUGUUGAUGUUUAGCAAUACGACAUUGCUACCUUGUUCCGCCUUUAAUGGGUCUGUCAUGCCAAAUUGUGAUUGGUCUGGCAGAGUUAGUUCAUAGAAUGCUAGCAGCAACCCCUUUUCGCUGGGUUUUGCCUCUACAGUGGUUAGCUCCUAACAGGUUUCCUUACUCCUAGGGUUUUUGGGUUUUAGGUUUCUGCUUAAGGUGGUUUAUAUCUUUUGGGUUUUGUUUUCCUUUUUCUUUUUAAAUUUCUUUUCCCCUUCUCUCUAUCUCUUUUUCUUUGGUUGGUUGGUUGUUUCCUAUCUUGUAAAUCUAGAUCUACUUUGUUGCAGAGCAGCAGAUUGCUUCUGUUACUUACAAGAGAGUUAGGAGCAAGGUGGGAAAUAUUGAAAUAUAGUUGUUUUUUCUUUUUCUUAUUUUGUUUUCAAUUCUAAUUUAGUCUGAUGAAAGUCUCUCCUUUUGAAUGAUUGACUUGCUCUUCCUGGGGGAAGAAUGCUUGUGGACAAUCUUUUUAUGGUUAUGAAAGUUUACCAUUUGAUGCA